CUUGCUUUUUAUUUUUUUGACUACCUUCCUAGUCGCUGGCUUUUUUCCCUUUUUUUUCCUCUUUUUUUUCUACACUUCUCUAUUUCCCUUUUUUUUCUUUUAGAGAAAUCCAGAAACGCCAAUGACCUUCCUCACGAACUUGCAGCGUAUCGCUCCUAUUGCCACUGUUGCCAAACGUGCUGCUGCUGUUUCGGCCAAGCCUGCCGUCGCUUCUAUCGCUCAGAAGCGUUUCAACUCCAACGGUCCCGUUGAAGUAAGAUUUCUUCACCAACACUCCUUUUACACAACUUGCUGAAGCGCAGCAAAGUUGUUAUUAUUCUCAAUUACUGACCAUACUUAUUUCUUGGCUUUUCACCCUCCUUUUUCUGGGAUGUGAUUGUUUAUCUUUUGCUUUCUUUGUGACGUAUUAUAGAUGACCGUUCGUGAUGCUUUGAACCAGGCUAUUGAGGAAGAAAUGUUGAGAGAUGAGAAGGUGUACAUCCUCGGUGAAGAAGUCGCUCAAUACAAUGGUGCUUACAAGGUCACCAAGGGUUUGUUGGACAAGUUCGGCCCCAAGCGUGUCAUUGACACGCCUAUCACUGAAAUGGGUAUUGCAGGUAUCGCUGUUGGUUCGGCCUUCAGCGGUCUCAAGCCCAUCUGUGAGUUCAUGACUUUCAACUUUGCCAUGCAGGCUAUCGAUCAAAUCGUCAACUCUGCUGCCAAGACCCACUACAUGUCUGGCGGUUUAGUCAAGUGCCCUAUCGUUUUCCGUGGUCCCAACGGUGCUGCCGCCGGUGUCGCCGCUCAGCACUCUCAGUGUUUCGCUGCUUGGUACGGUUCCGUUCCCGGUUUGAAGGUCGUUUCUCCCUGGAACUCGGAAGAUGCCAAGGGUCUCUUGAAGGCCGCUAUCCGUGAUCCUAACCCCGUGGUUGUUUUGGAAAACGAAUUGGAAUACGGUAGCUCGUACCCCAUGUCUCAGGAAGCUUUGUCUUCUGAUUUCGUUUUGGACAUUGGCAAGGCCAAGGUUGAACGUGAGGGUAAGGAUAUCACCAUUGUCGCUCACUCCCGCGCCGUCGGUUUCGCCAUGAAGGCUGCUGAAGAGUUGGCCAAGUCCGGUGUUGCCGCUGAAGUUAUCAACUUGAGAUCUAUCAAGCCCCUCGAUACCGAAACCAUCUUCAAGUCUAUUAAGAAGACCAACCGUAUCAUCACUGUUGAAGGUGGCUGGGCCUCUUUCGGUGUUGGCUCCGAAAUUGCUGCCCAAGUCAUGGAAUCUGAUGCAUUCGAUUACUUGGACGCUCCCUUGUACCGUGUCACCGGUGCUGAUGUUCCUACUCCCUAUGCCGCCAACCUCGAAGCUCUCGCAUUCCCCGACGACAAGGUCAUCACCAAGGUUGUUAGAGAUGUUUUGGACAAGAAGAUCGGCGCCUAAAAGAGUCUCAUCAUUACAACAAGUUAUUUCCAUAAAUUUUAACAACCCAAUCCAUAAUUUCAAGGAAAAAGAAAAUUUUCAAGCAUAGAUUGGAACUUUUCUUUUUUUAAAACAGGAAAGCAUCAAUGUAAAUAAAAAAAGAAAAAGCUGGAGAAACCCAAUCCGCCAGACAAAAAAA